CUUUCGGGAGACGGGAGGGAGCGGAGAGCGUUUGCCGCCCCGCGUCCUUGACUGCUCUCACCGUCCCUUUCGUGUCUCUGCUUCCCUUUCAGGUCGGCCCCCGGACGCGCGCGGCGGCUGGUCCUGCUGCCCAGUGUGGAGCCUUCCGCGGGGCUUAGCCCUGGGCCCUUCCCUGUCCGCCGAGAGGGGCCUUGGGGUGUGGUGUGUGGGGAGCCCCUUGCAGCCGGGGGCGCUGCUGCUCCUGCUUGGUCCGGAGGAAGAGGAGCAGGAGGCGGGCGCCUGCCCGGCGGAACUUCCACCAGCUUGCUGGAAAGAGACUUCUGCUUGCAACAGGAUAGCAAGCUGGAAAAGCUUGGUGAAGCAAAGCCAGGAUAAAGAUGAGGCAAAUGUGGCAUUAGUAUGGAUCAAUGCGGAGCUCCACAUCCGAGUAUGCUGUCCCAUUGCUGCUGGCAGUGAACUGCUGUACUGGAUAGCAGAGGCUAGUCCUGCUUGCCUGGAAAAGAAUGCACCAGCAAAUAUAUCAGAUGGGGUGUUUGUCACAGAGAGGAAAACGGUAGAGGAGCAGCUAGCUAAGACCACCACUGUGGAAGCAGAGACUUUGACACAGAAAGGAGAUGCUUCCCUAGAGGGCGAUGCAAUAGAUUCCUUUGCAGUGCUGGAGGAGGCGAUUUCUUUGAGAAGUGCACAUGGUGAAUCAGAAUGUUUAUCAUGCCAGAGUACAUUUGAUCAAAUAUCUGAGGGUGCUUGUGAUAUCCCCAAGGUUGUGGAGCAGAAAGCCAGAGCCCAUUGUCUUCCUUUGCUGGAUAAGGAGCUGCCAGUCAAGCAACCUCCUGGCCUGGAAAAUGAUCACAAGAAAAGGAAUGAAGAUGGGUUCCUGCAACAUGAGCUCAGGGACUCUAAGGAGCAGCAUGGAGAGAAGCAGCCCAUUGUGAGCUGCUCUGUGGUUGAGGAGGGUGGAAGUAAAGAGGAUGGGGUGCUGCAUCCACAAACAGAGCAAGUGAAUGAGACACUAUCCAAGGUAAAACCGACUGACAUUUGUUCACAGCUGCCCCCAUCCAUUGCAAUUCAACCCAGUACUCACUUGGCUGAGAAGGUGGAGGUGUUGAGGGGGCAAUCUUGUGCUGAAGGAGCCCCCAGUGGAUGUGCCAUGUCUACACCCAGGGACAGGGCGGAGGAGCAGAGUGAAAAUCCCAAGCAGGAGGAAGUGUCUCCAAGCAACAAGGAGGCUGCUCCACAGCUCAAGGAGGCAGACCACGAGCGACGAUACCGGUGUGAAGAGUGUGGCAAAGCCUUCCUGCAGCUUUGCCACCUGAAGAAGCACCACUUUGUGCACACUGAUCACAAACCGUUCCUGUGCACAGAGUGUGGCAAGAGCUAUAGCUCAGAAGAAAGCUUUAAAGCGCACACACUGGGCCACCGAGGGGUGCGGCCGUUCCCCUGCCCACAGUGCCACAAGAGUUACGGCACCAAACGGGACCUUCAAGAACACCAGGUGCUGCACACGGGCCAGCGCCCUUUUGUAUGCCCUGACUGUGGGAAAUCCUUUGCCCGCCGGCCCUCUCUUCGGAUACAUCGCAAAACCCACCAGGCUAAGGAGCCAAGGCCAUCUGCUGCUGCCGCCUGCCAGUGUGUGAUAUGUGAGCGGCAGCUGGCCAACCCUGGGUCGUUGCGCAACCAUAUGCGGCUGCACACAGGGGAACGCCCGUAUACCUGCCCCUACUGCCCCAAGUCUUUCCGCCAGCAGGGCAAUCUCCGUGGGCACCUUCGGUUGCAUACAGGGGAGCGCCCUUACCACUGCCACUUCUGUGGAGAUGCCUUCCCGCAGCGCCCUGAGCUGCGCCGUCACCUGAUCUCCCACACAGGUGAGGCUCACCUGUGCACAGUGUGUGGGAAAGCACUGCGUGAUCCCCACACGUUACGGGCUCACGAACGUUUGCACACAGGCGAGCGCCCUUUCCGCUGCCAUCUGUGCCCCAAAUCCUAUCCUCUGGCCACAAAAUUGCGACGCCACCAGAAAGCCCACCACGCUGACAAGCCGCACCAGUGCCAAAUUUGUGGCAUGGGCUACGCCCUCCCCCAGAGCCUGCGACGUCACCAACUUGAGCACAAAGGAAACCUAGAUAGGGAUCCAUCCAAAAGGGGCACGAAAGCCCCCCAGGAGCUGCCAGCUUCAGAGCAGCCAGCUGUGCUGGUAGUGCACUCUGUGGACAGGGCAGGGCCUGGAAACCACACAGGGCUCCUUAUCACCAAUGAUGGGCACUAUGUUACUGCACAGCAGAGCUCUGCCAAGCACAAGAACGUCAUCGAGAUUGCUGUCUCUGACACGGAGAAAGAAUGCAUCAUUGUGCAGGAGCAGGGCUCUGCCAGUGACAUGUUCAUUAUUCAAGAGGGUGUCAGUUUUAGCACAGUGGCGGAGGUGGUGGAGGUGGAGGUGGGGACAUGACUGUCAGUCUUUUUGCAGAUAGCAUUAAAACAUCUUUGGAAGUCUGAAUGUGCUCUUUCUAUGUGUUUGCAAGAAAACAGCAUGCGGGUUAUGAAAUAUAUACUGGGAUGUUUAGAAGGGAAUAGGUGUUCAGUUUGGCCAAGGCUAUGGCUGGAUUCCCACCAUCAUUUCCAAAGCCCGUAAGCCUGGGCAAAAGGGUCUGCCUGAUAGAUGAGGUUAUGCCUGAAAGAAAGUCUUCACUAUGCAUCUCUUCUAUACUUCUGUUUCAAAUUGAUCCAGUGUCAGGAAUUGUGUGUUACAUAUGUUUAGUGAAAACGUGGCAAAACUGACUGAGUGGUGAAGCGUCUGCAGAUUUCCACAUGGUUAUGCACAUAUGGUCCAAAAAUUAAUGCAAUAGAAAGUAUGGAAGUAUAUCUUUUUUAAAGUAAAAGAGCAGGAACUUCCAACAAUUUUCUGAGGUGGUGUGCAAGGAUUAUGUCAACACCAGUGAUGGUUCAAAGUUCUUUAGCUUCAAAGGUAUAAAUAACAGGAAGCUACUGCUCCUGACUCAUUUCCCCAAACUGUGCUUAGAUGUGCUUUAACUUGAUACUUGCUGCAUCUGAGUAGGGGAUGAAGCCAUCAGAUGCCUGCUUUAAUAACAGCUAACGACAACAUUGGCUAAGAUCCAACUCCCACAUUAGCUUGGUGAUGUAAGCAGCUCUCAAAAACAUUGUGGUAGCACAUGCAGUCAAUCGUGUGACUCAGACAGAACAUAUAGGUGUUUCUUUUGCCAGUUCUACCUCUCCAUGGGCUUGUGCUGGUGAUGCUGUGAUAGUCACCAUGCAAUUUAGCCACAGUGUGGUUGUUGGUUAUGUAUAUUAUUUCCAUGAUGUGGAGUCCCAGAGACAUUUGUUUGAUACCUACCAAGAUGGUGUUUGGGUUUUGCCCAAGUCAGCACAUUGCAGUCUGAGUGAGAAUUGUAGAUCUCAGAGUGGCUGCAACUGUAAUCCAAAGGUUUGCUUUUAAAAUAAAACCAAUUCAUUGGAUCUGGUAAAUAUCAUCUCAGCAGUUGCAUAUGAUACCUGUGUUGCUGGAUUAGACCACUUCAUACUGCAGGAGCAAGAUUCAAAUGGUGACAGUUUUCAUUCACAUGGAAGUAAAUCAAUGAGGAAGAGCUUUGCUAUGCCUGUAAUGCAUUUCAUUACAGUAUAUAAAAACAAUGACAAAUGAAAAUGAUGCUUAAUUACAUUGUCUCAUUUUAACAUA